CGGAAGGAAACGAAAAGGAAAGAAUGAAACAAGAGUUGCGCAAUAACAGAAUUGCGCAAGAAUGGUACAAGAGCAGAAUGGAGAGAGAAUGAACCUUAUGAGCUGCCGGGGAAGGCAGAUCAUAACAAGCUGUUGUUGUAGAUCAGUAUUCUGAUUCGUAUUUAAUUUAUUCAUUUGAAUUUUAUUAUUUUUUGAAUCCUUUGAUCGACAUAUAGAUGAAAUAAACAAUUAUGUGUCAUGUGGUAAUAAGUCAGGACGUUUUUGUAAUUCAGUAACUAGUUUAAAAACGAUAAUCAGCUAAUCCUGGACAUUGAUUAUUUGUAGAUAUAUGCUCUCCUUGACAAUGAUGACAUUUAACAACACAUACAGUAUGAUCUUCUCCAUCCCGUCUAUUUUUACCACAACGACGACAUAUUUCCAUUGGACUUUUACAAAUUUUUUUAAUAUGCCCUGGCCCAUUGCAUCUCGAGCAUAAAAGUAAUUUCAGUGCUUGUAGAAAUUCGUUAACAUUAAAAUAUUGACCAUGUAUUAUAACAACACUACCAUUCAUUAUCUUAUCAUAAUCUUCCUUUGAUUUCAUAUCUACACGUACAUGUCUAUUUUUAUUAGACUUGCUUCCAUUCAAUUCUUCAAUCAUAUAAAUCGAUGAGUAACUUGUAGUUAACUCUCUUUAAUAUCUUGUACAGAUGUAUUGUUAUUAACAAAUUUAAUUAAUAUUUAAUAUUGAGGUGGCAACGUUUUUGGUAAAAGUGGUUUAAUCUCACAAUUGUUUAUUUUAUUAGGAUAGUGUGAUAUCACAAAAAUAAACAAACAGUUCCACGUAUUUGACAAAACAUAUCAAAUCACCUUGCUUAUCAAUAUACCAGUAAUCAAAUCCCAAAGGUUUCUCGUAAUCUUUAUUAUUUUUAUGAAAUCAUUCUCAAUUAACUUAAACAGUUCUUUAACUAAAACUGUACCAUCUUGUUGUUGUUGCAGUUUUGGAUCACAUUCUAUUUUAAAAGAUGGUAAAUGACUGUCAACUGCAUAACUUAGUGUAUGACUUGAAAUAUGUAUUUGAUCAUUCGUUGUUGUUUCAUUUGUGUGAUUCAUCGAUUGACUCAUCACAUUACUAUUUGUCUUUAUUGUUUGGUGCUGUGAAGAUGAAUGAUUAUUCUUACUAUAAGAACGAUUAUUACGUUGCUGAUCCUGUUGAUUAUUACCAUAUUUAUUUGAAGAAUUGUUAAUUGUACGUGUUGGGUAAUAACUAUUUUCAUUUGAACUCUCAUAAUUGCCAUUUACAUACUCAUUAUCCCACUCAUUAUCAAACUUGUCAUCGUUGGUACGAAAUAUAUAUAUUUUAAACGAUUGAAUUGACAGGUGACAGCAGCAUAUUUAAAAUCAAAAGUAAAUGAUCGUAUAGGCCAAGUGACUGACACCAGGAUAAUCGCUAACGCGAUUCAAAGUUACGGUAAGCCGAUGAGUUUCUGCUUUCCUCUUAUUCCCGCUCUCGCUCAUUAAUUCUGACUUAGAAAAUUUAAUAUGCUAGAAAGCCAAAAAUGCGAAAGCUUGGCUUUCCGUAUUUAUGAUGAGCGCAAUGUCAGCUGAAAGCAAUAUAUAUACUGGUAUCAAUUUGGCGUGGCAAAGGGAUCUAGUUCGACAUCCAACGGCAUUUUGUCCUCGGUUCCUUUCUCAAUAGACUAAAUUUGGUUCUUGUAGGAGCACAUUAAGUUCUAACAAGAAACGGCUUUGAUCCUGGACACCAAGAUUCUACGAUUAAUUCAUAACAAUCAUGAAAUAUUCAUCUUUAAAAAGAUUGUCAGAAGAAACCGCUCAAAACGUUUACUCCAAAUAAUGUGCGAAUGUGUGAAAAUGUGCCGCAGAUAUUAUAUAACAAAUUAAAAGUUAUUAAAAUGUUUUCUACAGUAUUAAUGCAUCACGAUAGACAAAGUAUUGAUGUACCGCAUUAUUGUCACAUCUUAUCAUUUUAUAAAACGUGUAAUGAGUUUUAUUUUGUUAUAUAACGUGUGAAGCACAUUUUCCCAUAUUCAUAUAUUAUUUGGAGUAAGUAUUUUUAACAGUGCAGUCACUGGCAGAUUUCAUGUUGAUUCAUUUUGUGAUGAUCUUGUUUCUCUAGUUACACUUGAUUUCACUAAUGAAGCACCGUGGUCGACAGAUAUAUCAACAUUGACAUUUUCCAAAGAAUAUUUUGAAAAACAAUUUUUAACCGAUACUGAACAGUAUUACAAAUUAGAAGCAGCUAACAAUUUGACUAGUAACUCUGUGAUGGAAUGUUUGAUGAUACUUAACGGACAGCUAAAUAAAAAAGAGCAACGUGUUACAUAUUUACACUCGUCAACAAUGAAACCGUUACUGGAUAUAUGCACAAGUGCGUUCAGUUUCGAUCAGUUAGAACUAGUGGCGGAGCCAGCUAUGAGCGAGAGGGGGCUGAGCCCCCUCUAA